AAAAAAAUUUAAUAAACGUACAAAACUUACAGACAACCAAAAACACACCCAAAAAAAGAAGUUAGAAAACAAAAAAAAUGCGAAAUUGCAAACUUUUGCGCCGACCAAACGAACAAGCCCAACAUCAAAAACAUUUUAAAAAAUUGUUUAAUCGACAUAAUCGACAAAAACAAUAUACAGAAUUAAUUGAGAAAAUGUUGGCCGUCUAUUAUAUCCAAAAUUAUUGACCAGAAAAAAUAAAAGCUCGAGUAGCCAAACCAUUUUCCCAGUUGGAGUAGUAAAGGUUCCAAAGUCAAGUCAACCGAAAACGUUUACGUCGUCGUCGUCAACUAUGCAUAUGGACGAGGAAAAGGAAAUUUCUUUGUUACUCUCUCUUAAACGAAUGCUAAAGAAUCUUAAAAAUAGAAAUCAAAGUCGCAACGUUUUCGUCUUCUUAGACUAUUAAUAGCCAAUAUUUUGUAACAACCCUUCCUCACACAACUCCGACUUUGUCUUUUUAACUUUCUUAUUAACCAAAAUCAAUUAUGGUUUAUGUUUCAAAAGCUUGUUUACUUCUGUUUAUCACUAUUUGCUCCUCUACUUCUUCUCACGCCAAUGUAAUAUGCGAGGAUUUACCGGACGACAUAUGCUCGUUUUCAAUCUCGGCCUCGGGAAAACGAUGUGUCUUAGAGACGGAGGUGAGGCAGACCGGUGGGGUAGAUUAUCGGUGCCGGGGUUCUGAGGUUGACGUUGAUGGUACGAUGGCUAAUUACAUCGAGACCGAUGAGUGUGUCAAUGCAUGCGGUGUGGAUAGGAGAUCCAUUGGGAUUUCAUCGGAUGCUCUUCUCGACCCUGGCUUCGCUGUCAAGCUUUGCACUCCUGAAUGUCUCGAAGACUGCCCUAACAUUGCUGAUCUCUACUUUAAUCUUGUCGCUGCCGAAGGUUCACAUUUGCCUGAUUUGUGUGCGGCGAGACGUAACAACCCUCACCGGUCAAUGUUUGAGAUCCUUAGCUCAGGAGAAGCUCUUGGUACGUUUUCAGGAGAGCUAUCGGAGGCCCCUACGGAUGCGCCAGCUUUUAGCCCCGUUGGUGUAUGACAUAUCUUUUUAUUUCAAUGUUAUUUAAAAGUUCUUUUUUCUUUCCUUUUUUUUAUAAUUUGGAAAUUUCGAUUGAUUAAUAUAUAUAC